UGUAUGUGAGGCCUCUCGCGAUCGUGCUAGAGCCGUUUCUCGCAUCAUUCAUACAAGCAAAAUUCGCUGAAAUACGGUAUCAAUCGCUAUGGGCAGCGUGAACGGGCUCAAUCCAACGCAAAGCGGCACUGGCUUCUUGUCCUUCAACAGCCUGCCUCCGCGACUAUGGAUCACGAGCGAGGAUGAAGAAUUCGAUGAGACAACAAUUCAACACUGGAAAGACGAAGGGUUCGAUGUGACUUAUCUGCCAAUGAAUGGCGGCGGAAAGCCAUAUGUUCAAGAGCUCAAACGACUGGCUGAUGAUUUAGAGCUUGGUGAGGCAUAUGCGUUAGUGGCGUACGGAGAUGCUGCCACAAUUUGCCUCGACGUAGCCACGAAACCGAUGCCGCAUUGCUGCGCUCUCAUCUGCUACUAUCCCACUUCUAUACCUCAUCCAACAGCAAAGUACCCUAGUUCGCUGAACCUCACAAUCCAUCUCACCCACUCGCAAGGUUUUGUUCCCAGUUUCCCAGUGUAUCUAUACAGCGGCGUCGAGCCGGGUUUCGCGGAGCACGACCUGGAUGAAUUCAACAGGGUUUCGGCCUCGCUUGCGUGGUCAAGAAGUCUGGCCGCAGUACGGCGAGGUUUCAAAAAGGACAUCUCGGAGCAUCUGGAGCGCACGAACGAAACUUUCAAGACCCUAUCGUUGAAGCACCGCGACGCAGCCGGAACGGUCGGCAUGAUGGUGCAAGACUCGCCGUACGUGAAUCACGUGCCUACUAUGACCGGCGGCAUUGGCAAGCGCGCUCUAUAUCACUUCUACCACGACUUCUUCAUACCUGGAAAUCCACCUUCGCUGCGAGUGCAGCUCGUAUCCCGAACAGUAGGGGUAAACAGGGUCGUCGAUGAGUUCGUCGUUUCCUUCAAGCACACUGUAGAGAUGCCAUGGAUCCUUCCGGGUGUACCUCCUACGAACAAGACGGUAUCUAUCGCCAUCGUAAGCAUAGUGACCGUACGCGGUGGCAAGCUCGAACACGAGCAUGUGUACUGGGAUCAAGCGAGUGUACUGCAACAGAUUGGUGCACUUAGCGCGGACAACGUACCACAGGCAUUGAAGAGCAAGGGGUGCAAGAAGCUCCCCAUUGUAGGUGUAGAAGGCACUAAGAAAGUGCUGGACGUGGAUAAGUUGCCAAGUAAUGAACUCAUUCCGAAGUGGUGAAGUGGUGGUUUUGUUGAUUUUCUGCUGUAGGCAAUAAUCUUGUUCUCGACGCAGAAGAUCGAUCAGGUGGCGGGCGGCGAUGGAUGAGUGUGGCGAGCUUGCAAAGAGUAUUAGCGAAGGAAGAUUCAUCGUAGAUUAAACGCUUUGGUAUUGUCCAGGUCUUUGAGCGAGUUUUGUUUGCGUGUAAUAUAGGGCAUUGCAAUUGGAUAGCUAUAUCGAACAAAGUUAAUAGUGGAUUGACGGCGCUUGCCUGACCGGACUGAUCAUUCUCCUACAGAAUGUAGUUUUGACUCUACUCUUACACAGGAUGGAAAGCCGCCAGUCUUGGGUGAAA